AAACAAGUCUUGACUCUGGAGCUAUGAAGGUCUUCUAAGGAGUUCUCUUCCAACUUUGUUCUUCUGUAACCCUUCAGACCAUCUCUUUCUGGAAUUCUCUCUGGACCAAAAGGAUCUUGCUGAACUUGGGCCAUGUUUGGCACUGGGCAUUUGGUGUCUCCUCUUUCUUCUGCAGUUUUCCACUCUUCGGCUGCACACUUCUUCCCAGCGUUCCCCAGCAGGUUGAACUCGCCGCAGAUCCUCAUCCCCGGGCCUCUGUUCAGCUACGAGCUCCUGCGCAGUUACCUGCAGCCUGAACCCUGCAAACAGGCUCUGCUAUUGGCCACUCAGUCCGUAGGACAACAUGCUGAGAAUAUCGAUGAACCCCGGCCAGUGAAGCAGCGGCGAGCUCGGGCCAACUACAGCAGCUGGCAGCUGGAAGAGCUGGAGAAGGCCUUCGAGAGCACCCACUACCCAGACGUCUUCAUGAGAGAAGCCCUGGCCCUCAGACUCGACCUGAUUGAGGCCAGAGUGCAGGUGUGGUUCCAAAACCGCAGGGCUAAAAUGCGCAGACAGAUAAAGCUUCAAAGCCAGGCAGGGGAACAGUGCGUCCGGCACGACAGUGACGACAGACAGAUUGAGUCGUCCAGCAAGAACACAGCUCCAGAGCUCCACAGCAGCAACAGCCCAUGCUGGGACAGGAAACAGGACAGAGGAAGCCCCACUUGGCCCAAACCCUCCUCAUCAGUUAUUCACAGCCCCGUGAGCGACGUGCUUCAGCGGCCGAAAGAUCAGGACGGGUCAGAGGUGCCCAGUGCGGAGGACUUCCGCUGCUGCAGCAUUGCCAAACUGAGGGCGAAGGCCAGGGACUAUGAAGCAGAGAUCCACAGCACUGUGGCCAAGGCCAGCAGAGAGAGGCAGCUGAAGACACAGGUAUCUGCCACAGUCCUGGACAGAGACUGAAGCAGAUGUGGCCAUCGUCCAUUACCUCACUCAAAUCCCAUUCAGUUCAUUAUUUAUUAUUAUGCACAAUUACACACUCAAUGAGGUUGAACAAUGUGACUAAGAAAAGCAAAUUUCACCACUCUGUUUUGUUCUCAGAUUGUCAUGAUCAGUGUUGGGGGUAACACAUUACAAGUAACUUGAGUUAUGUAAUCAGAUUACUUUUUUUUUUCGAGUAACUAGUAAAAUAAUGCAUUACUUUUAAAUUUACAACAAAAUAUCUGAGUUUCUUUUUCAAAUAAGUAACGCAAGUUACUUUGUUUUCCCAUGUAUUGACUGACAGCUCAAUCGUGAGAAAAGUGAUGUUGUGUGUGUGAACGAUGGCUAUUGUAGUUCUAGACUUAAUGUGAACAGGC